AUGAUUCGACCAGCACAUAAAUCACUAAGAACACGUUCCCAAAUUAUUGGUAAAAAGGAAAUAAGAUUAUUGGUAGUUGGGAGUUCUGGAGUAGGAAAGACAACACUUUGUAAUUGUUUUUUCGAGGAUCAUCAAAAUCAAGGAGAAGAAACAAGAGAAAAAUAUAUUCAAAUUGAUAAUGAAUUUAUUAAAAUCUCUAUUAGUGAUAUUGUUGGUAAACAAUCGUUUUAUGCAUGUGAUAAUCCAUAUGAUGGGUAUGAUGCCAUAUUAGUGAUGUACGAUAUAACAGAGUUAAAAUCUUUUACUGACUUAAAAACUAUGUGGUUACCAGACAUAUUUUUAUAUUGUAAUAUUGAUACACAAAUUAUUAUUAUAGGAAAUAAAAAAGAUCAAGAAAUUGAUCGUAUUAUCACACGAAAAGAAGCUGAGCAAUUUGCAAAAGAUAGGCUUUGUCAAUUUUAUGAAAUUUCAACUGAAGAUGAUUCUUGUCAAUUAUUAUUUGAUUGUAUUUCAAGAGAUUUUUUACAAUGUGAUAUUAAAAUUAGAAUGUUAAUAGUAGGAGAUCAAAGCGUUGGAAAAACUACAUUUAUUAAAAAAUUUACAUUACAAGACCCCACAGGGCAUGAUUUUAUGAGUGCAAUAACAACUCGAUUUGAAAUGGAAAAGAUUAAAUAUGAAAUUAUUAUGAUUGAUUGGGGAUUUUAUAACAAAUUAUUACAAACAAAUCCAGCAAUCAGCAGAACAAUUGAAGCAAUAUUAAUUGUUUAUGAUAUUACAAAUGAAGAAUCAUUUCAAAAUAUUCAUCGAAAAUAUUAUCCUUUAAUUAAUAAUAAAUUUAGUGAUGUGACUGGAGUUAUUAUUGGAUAUAAAACAGAUUUAGAAGCUCAAAGAAAAAUUACAAUGGAUGAUGCAUUAACUUUAACUGAUUGGUUAGGUUAUAAAUAUGUUGAAAUGUCUUCAAAAGAUACAGAAGAUCAUUCUUCAAUAAUUAAAGCACUAGCUCAUUCAAUAAGAAUCAACCGUUUAAAGAUUGAACAAUCAUAUGAGUAA